AUGUCAUACCUCCUUGAUAAAAUUCAUUCAGCCACUAUCUAUAAAAGACCUAAAGAAGGAUCUUUAGAAGUUGUUGAUAUUGUUGGACAUUGGGGAAUUGUAGUUGUUAAUGAUUCUGGCAGCUAUCUAGUCCAUAAUAUGCCUGACACCGGAACAACUGCUACUUCUAUAUCAAAUCUGUCAAAUAAUUGGACACCUGUUGCACAGUUACAAGUUGGACCGAAUAAAACUAUUCAAGGAAUGUUUAAUUCAACAGGACUGGUAGCAUAUCUUCCAGAAGGAUUUGUAAAAUAUGUUUCAUAAGGAUUCUGUACAGGUGCAACUGGAAGCAUGGCAACAUAUUUGAGUUAAUGA